AUAUGCAUAAUUUCAAAAGUUUUUGCCAUGGCGGCGCGAGAAAGUCUUCCGCUGACUUCAUUCAAAUUGGGAUACGACGACCGUGUCAGUCCUUUCAAAAUUGCUGUUCUCGUUUUUAUUCGUGAGUAUUGCACGGCGCGUUUAGCCCAGCUAGGCAUGUCUCCACAUUCCUACUACAACUCCAUCCCUCCCUUUUCAUCUCAGCAGUGCAAAGAUUUCUGCCUGCUUUCACUUGAGCUCAUCCAAUGCUAUGAUGUUACAUGGGAAGAUUUUGAAAUUAUUCUUGAACCAGGACACUACAAUCUUAGUACCAAAAUCAUUUCAGAAUUCACCCGAAGUUUGCACCAGAUUGUAAAAGAUGGAGCUUCAGGACUACUUGAUCUCGGAGAAAGUUUAGAAAAACUUCUUAUGGAGCCAGCUAAAGGUAAACCUAUGAUCAGAAAAGACAGUGUGUUGGGAAUUUUCAUCAGGAAAAUGGUGCUGCAGAUGGACAGAAUGACAUUUGAAGCCACUGUAGAGCUGAGCAAUAACCUUGCCACAUACCUCGACAAGUCCAACAAAAGUGAAGACCCUCUAGAAUUGGUCCAAGUGUCUAGGAAACAAGCGGAGUUGCUUGUGUCACAACAGUUAACCAUGCUACAAAGGAAUGAAAGUUUGGCUCAUAGCCCAGUAAACCUUCAGAAAAUCAUUGAUCGGAUUCUGCAUGAAAACAAGGAUUUUGCAGAGGCCAAUUUCCUGGCACAUCUUAAUGAAAUGAGAUGCCAGGAUUUUGGACAGGCUGAAAAAAGGCUUCACCAGUCUUAUGACCAAGGAACCAUUUCCAUUGAAGGCCUUAUUCAUUCGAAAUUAGAAGACAAUUUAAUGAAUAACAAGACAUUUCGCCACGCGUCACUAAACAUGGCCUUUUUGCAUGCUUCUUUUGGACACCAUGAGUUGGCAGUAACGGCUUUGUGCGAGACGGUAGCCUUGUCAGGUGAGGCAGCUGACCAUACCUGCCUUCAAGAGUCACUGGCAUGGUUUUGCCACCUAGAAGAAAAUCCUGAAAUGCGCCUGAAGAUGAUGGAGCGCCUUGUAACCAAAUCUAGUGAAUCUAACUUACAUUACCUGGCAUCACUUGGUUUAGCAAUGUGGACUCAAGAUUGUACUCUGGCCGGGGUAGAACCUAAAAGAAUAUUUGAAUAUCUGCAUACCAAUGACGUGGCUAAUUGCCAGCAUUCGCUCACAGAUAUGACAUUAACUUGUUUGGCUUUAAGAGCAGCAAUUUGGAAUUUCUACGGCUACCCUCGAAACGCCUUACAGGUAUCUCAGUUAUUACUUACGCUGCACACCGGGGACCCAACAAAAGGCAAUAUCUAUUACAAUAACGAGCACAUGCACAUGGCGGUUUGUAACAUUGCCCUACAUCUUUCGCGACAAGGACGUUAUGCUGAUGCGGAAUCGAUCACCAAGUUUGCUGCUGGCCAGUACGCUAAUUGUCAACAACAUUCACAAGUAUGGAAGAUGACAGAUUUGCACGUGACCUUCUAUCGAACACUUUGGCUUGGCCAAUGGGAUAAAGCUGAACUAAUUAUUUCCCAGCUUGCUGUGUUUAAUCGUUCUGAGAGCCUAGCAAAAAUGGCGCAUUUAAUGUUGUGCAAGGGGGAUACGUGUCAAGGAAAAUUAGUGUUGAACAGUUUAGAAGAGAGGCUGUCGAACGCUAAAGAACCCAAUAAUCAUCGAAUGCCAAAUCCAGGAUGGAGAAUGGGUCAGAAACUAAGACUUCAAGUUCAGUCGAUGAUGCUUCGCUCCGUGCUUCUUUCAGCUCGUCAGAAUUUUGUCGAAGCAUUGUUGCAAAUCAGCCAAGCCUUGGAUAUUUGCAAGAAACACCAUAUGAACCUUCAGUUAGCAUUGGUCGGGAUGCAAUCAGCAGAAAUCCAGUUGAUGAUGAACUAUACUGCAAAUGCGUUAGACCUAGUACGCAAACAUAUCAAUAUUAUCUACACGCAUGGGUCAUUGUUCGAGCAGGGAAUGUCUAUAUUUUUAUUAGCUAGGUGCUUGCUUGCUGAAACCGGGACAAAGUUAUGCGAUUCCAUGGAAUUCAAAAGCAAGAAAACGGAGAUCUUUCCACUGUUGACUCGAGCCAAAAAAAUAUUUAAUCAAAUCGAAGCUUUCCAUCACGCCAAGGACGUUGUGUUUCUAGAAGCGCUUCUCUAUCACCAUCUGGGUUACGAGAAAGAGAGAAACACCCGAGCCAUGCUUUUCAAACAGCUCGACGAAUUGUACCCGCUCAAAACAUCUAAUAACAUUCAUAUUUUCAUUGGUCUCUAAUCUCUUGUUUAUAUCGAAAUACAAUCCUGUUACUCUAA